GCUCCGAUUGGCCGCGCGACGUCCCCUCACGGAGAGGCGAGCGGCGGUGGCGGCGGAGCGGGGCCAUGGCGGAUCCGGGCUGCGGGGCGCAGUUCCAGGCGGCGGUGCGAGUCAUCCAGGGGCUGCCCCGGAGCGGUUCGUACCGGCCUUCGUACGAGGAGAUGCUGCGCUUCUACAGCUACUACAAGCAGGCGACGGCGGGGCGCUGCCAGGAGCCCCGGCCCGGCUUCUGGGACCCCAUCGGGCGCUACAAGUGGGACGCGUGGCACAGCCUGGGCAGGAUGAGCAGGGAGGAGGCCAUGGCGGCGUAUGUGGCCGAGAUGAAGAAGGUGGCCCAGAAGGUAACGGGGGCUGCGGGCGGCGCCCACACCGGGCACACACACACAGACACACAUACAGACACACACACACACACACACACACACAGACAUACACACACAGACCUCUGCUGCCUUUCUCUCCCUGCAGAUGAGCAGCAGCAGCAGCAGCAGCCGGCUGAGCAGGGCCAGGAGGAGCGAGAGAGCCAGGAGAGCCUGCAGGAUGAGCUGCCCCAGGAGCAGCAGGAGCCAGGAGCGGGGCCGGCUCCUGCUGCCGACACGCACCAGGGCAGCCAGGGCACCAGCGACUCGGAGGGGGAAGUGUUCAGCGAUCCCAUGGAGCAGAUGGAGCACCAGCAGGCCGGGCGGCUGCUGGCGGAGCGGGGGCCGGUCCCAAAGAGCGGCCCGGCCGGGUGCGAGGCUGGGCGGGCGGAGCGGGGUGAAGGCAGAAGACGGGAGGGGAGCGGCGGUGCCGACCUGGCGGCCCGGGGCGCUGAUGGAGAGCGGCUCGUUGAGGAUGAUGCGGGGAGCCCGGCCGAGCCCCGCGCCGCGGAGCAGCUGCCGCUACCGGAGCUGGACGCCCACGUGGCCGUUACCGUGCGGGCCCUGCAGGACGACAUGAAGCGCGUGUUGGAGCGGCUGAGCGAGCUGGAGCUGCUCGCAUCCACGCAGGACCCGGCUGGGGCGGAUCCCGAAGAGCUGCUGGUGCAGGCCGAGUCCCCGUGGCCGCUCCCCGCGUCCCCGCACACGCUGCUGUUCCUCGUGGCGUGGCCGUUCGUCACGCAGUGGCUGCUGCGGCGCUGGCGGGGCAGGAAGAGGUGACGAGGUGACGAGGAGCCGCGGCCUCACGGGCCCCACGCAGCCGGUCCCGGUUCCCGGUUCGGCUCCUCCUGCACCACGAAGCACGAACCGCCGGCGGCUCCGGGCGGAACGGCCGCGGGGUGCGGGGGGGACCCGCGGGGACACGGACGGCAGCGGGGUCAGAGCGGGGUCAGCCCGACCCCAUUAAAGUUGCCUUUUCAGUGCG